AUGCGCUAACAACAACAACUACCACGGUUGUCAGAAGAUGAGCAAUUUCCAGGUCGUUUGCAUACCUAAUCUAGAAAACUGAAGUUUGGAAGUACAUUCCUCUAUCAAAUAUGAAUUAGCAACUGAAAACUUCAAUAAGAAAUCCAAGAAACAGAGUCCAAUGGCUGAGUCUUAAUUCAUUAAACAAAUUGACACCAAAUUAGAGCAAUACAAUAAGGACAUCGAACUACGCAAUGACAUGAUUGUUACCAUAGAAAAAGGGUUCGAAUCUGUCAAGCAAGAAUUGAUUAAAGAGAAAUUAUUAAAUGAAGAAAAAACUAAACAAUUAUAAGACCUGGGAUCACAAUAUCAAGCAGCUCAAUCCAAACUCAAGUCCAUCCAUGAAUCCAAUAAAAAUGCAGGACAAUAAGGAACUGAUAAAGACAAAGACAAAAUCCACUAAUUGGAAACCGUUUAAAAAGCUAUUCUAACAAAAGAACAUUAAUUGAAUUAAACGAUAGACUCACUCAAUACCUAAUUGAAUGACAUUACUCACAAAAUUAAAACCAAGGAAGAAAUGCCAGAUGAUUCCAAAAAAUUGAAGGAAUCAAUUAGGAAGAGCGAAGUAUUAUAAUACUUAUAUUGCCAAGGAGAAAAAGUACAAAUCAUAAGCUAUAAUGGAUGAAUUAAAAAAGAAUUUAGAAUCUAUUUAAGCUGAGAAGUUAUUAAUCAAAAAUCAAAUGGAUUAAUACAAAAAAGAAUACCUUGCUAAAGAGGAAUGUUUGUCAUCUGAAUUCAAUAAUAUUUAGAAUAAGAUUAAAGAAUUGUAAAAGGAAAAAAAUCAAUUGCAAGAGUAAGUUAAGAAGUAGCCUGUCAAUUCUUAGGAUUAGAAUAAUAAAUUAUAAGAGGCUAUCAAUUAAUUUAAAUAACAAUUGACUGAACAAAACAAAUUAAAAGAUGUAUUUAUUAUUCCUUUUACCUUAGAAAGAAAUAAAUUAAUGGAAGGCAAAUCUUGAUAUUUCAAUCAAAAAUUUUGAUCAAUUGUCGCAAUAAAUCGAAGAUUAUAAAUUAAAAAUUGAAGCAUCCUCUAAGAAUUUAAAUGAAAAAACUAAUUCUGUAGAAUAAAUCCAUAAAUCCAUAGGAGAACAAGAAAAAACACUUAAAAAUCAAUAAGCAGAAAUCAAGUUGUUAAAUUAAAAAAUAGAUGAAUGCAAUAAGAAAUUAGGUGAUUCAAAACCCAAAAACAUGUCAUAAGUCAUCGAGACUAUUUCAAUUUUAGAAAAAACUCAUGUAUUCCUUAAUCUCUAAACUUUUAGAAAGAAAUUUAAAAAGGCCUGGCUUGUACUUUCUGCAAUAAAUUCAUUAAAUAGCCAGUUACAAUUAUACCUUGUGGUCAUUCCUACUGUUUUGACUGCAAAAAAGGAUAUUAAAAGGAAUGUUUUAAAUGUGGACCUAAAUUGAAAAUUGAAGCAAUGUAUAGAAAUGAAUUGUUGGAUGAUAUUAUUGAAAUGGUGAAAUUAGUUGAGUAAAGCAUUUUGAACAUGAAAUAAAUUACUUAAAAUUAAUGA